CGGCCAUCUCGCCUGUUGGCUCAUACCGACUCUCUAGCUUGUUUCUAAGGUUAUUCGAAUCCUGAUCGUUCUGGAUGAUCCUCUGGAGUCUAGUGAACGCCCUGCUGCGCUGCUCCGAACGCCUUCUAUAGGUCGGCCAUCGCGACCAACAAGCUAGAGAGUCGGUAUGAGCGAACAGGCGAGAUGGCUGACCUACAGAAGGCGAGGGCUAUGUGCACGGAACGUUCAGACGAGACAUGCCGUCGUUCACGUUCGGUUGUCUUCGUGAUUUCAUUGCAUUUAAUCGUAUUGUCUUAUGUCUACAUCGGGGAGAGAACUCAGCCAUGCCAUCUCGAUGUCUCAUAUGGACUUGCGAGCUGUCAGGAGCUGCCUUGUUGGCUAGCAUUUCGAGUGCUUUCAGGGGCAGGCAUGACGGCGAUGCCAUCAAUAUUUACAACAUUUUCUAUGGUUGUCUAUCGCUCUCGAUAUAACCUGGCCAGCCGGAUGGAGCAUUUUGAAGCCCUAGUGCCUAAACUGUUCGGUAGCAGGAGAUACAAUCAACAUGUUAGCAUAUCCAAAGGCAUAUCCAAAGGCAUAGGUAUAUAGGUAACCAUUGAUACAUGUCAAGGUUUGGGGGAUCUAA